UCAAACACAUGAAAACCCCUUUGUACCAUCCACAAGCCAAUCAGGUGGAGGCGACAAACAAAAGCAUAAAACUUGGAUUACGUGCUCACAUGGCUGAUCUUCUUGAACACUGCUCCUGGGAAAACCAUCUUUCUCGUGUUAUUCAUGAUAUUAACACUUCAGUGCAUUCAGCCACGGGCUACACGCCAUAUUUUCUGCACACCGGUCGUGAAUAUGUGAAAGAUGGAAACGAAUAUAAAUUAUUAUUGGAUGUAAAUCCAUACCAUACCCAGGAUGUGGAACAACGUAAAGUUCUGGCUGAUGAAAUUCGAGACAAACAGUUCGAACUAUAUCAACAAACCGCACAACGAGCAUUGACCCGCAAAAGAGAACGUCAUUUCGAAAUUGGCUCGGAAGUGUACAUUCCCAAUCCUAAACAGUCUGUGGCCGGAGAGGGCUAUGCACAAAAACUAGCCCCACCAAAAAUUAGAGCCUAUGUUUCACGGAAACUUGGUUCGAAUUCAUAUGAACUGAUCGAUGCUAAACACCGAGUGCUUGGCAAUUAUUCCGCCGAUUUAAUCACAACACGUUAACUUAGUCAGUACCUUCGCCUUCUCAAGAAAUUCAAUGAAUAUAGGGUGGCCCUCCAUACUUGAUAGAUUUUGCAUUAUUACAAGGUACCCGGCUCCUAGUAAACAAAAACCAAUGGGAUAUUCCCUUAGAUUCGAAACACAUCCCUAGCGCAAUCGAUCCGCCACAUUCGGGUAAAUCGCGUAUCGAUAACUUUGCCGUUGCGCUAGUCAAUCAGAAAGGGACAUCGUCAGGGAAAUUUGCAAAAACCGACGCCACUUUUACUUAUUGGAUUGCCGCGGUCACCCGAACUUUUACGCACGCUUAAUACUGACAAGUGGACAAGAACCAUGGUACUCCCGUCGUAUGUGAAGGUGGGCCAACAAGUACAACACCUUAUGCGCCUAACCAUCAAGUGGAACCACAAGGAUGCGCUGCCGAUAUUCGCGCUCGAGGUCGACCCUAAAGCGCAACA